AUGGCAAGUUUCACGAAGGUCUAUUCGACCGUGCCUUCGGGGCUCCUAACGCUAUUGGCUGAUCAACUGCCUUACUCAUUACCCCUCUUGCGGCGUUUACAGUUCACCAAGUUCGAAGGAGGUUUACGAGAGACAGCGAAGAUUAUCCUGGUGGCAGAUUCUCAAGUCGACGAUGAAAAGUCUCCUCCGCAGAAAUUCACAGCGGCGUACGUAGAUGUCGCUGGUGGUCCUGAUACACAAGGGUGGAUAUACUCAACACUUGAACAUCCGGACCAAGCCGAUAUCAAGGACACAACUAUCUACGAGGAACAACUUGACAGGUUCGUCAAGGAAUGUAUGGUUAUAGCAAAAGAGUAUGGCCGUGAGCUUAAACAUAGCGGUGCCGUUCUGCUGGGAACACUCCACGACUCUGUCCGCGAGCUCAUGAGCAAAACAGGACGAGUUGUACCACGAGAAACAGGCGCGUAUGAUAAGUGGCUUUUCAAGUAUGAGGACUUGCCCAGGGAUGAGGUGACCCUGCCUGAGGGAAUGAACUGGGGGACGGCGACCGAAGAUGAUUGUCGAGUUGUGGUUUCGCGGACAAACAUCCCGAGAACAGUUGAGGUCUUGGGCCGCAUGCCAAGCUUGGUGAUCAAACUUGACGACGGAACACCUAUAUCAUGGGCAUUCCUAGGUUUUGAUGGCUCGCUGAUUAGUCUUCACUGCGAAGAACCAUACCGUCGACGCGGCCUAGCUAAGACGCUCGCUGCAAAGUUGUUUCGCGAAAAGUCUCUUGAUUUUGCUGAUGAUGGUUGGUGUGCGGCUGAUGUAGCGCCUAACAACAAUGGAAGCCGAGGGAUGUGCAAGAGGUUGAAUGGAAAGCCGUAUUGGCGAAUCUCAUGGGUAUUGCUGUGUGUGGAAGAGAAACCACCGGGCCAGGCGAAUGGUACAAAGGACGCGUAG